CUCUCACCGCCGCCGCCAGCCCGAGGGUCGGGCCGGGUCACUCCCACCUGCCGCCCACCAGCCCGCGGGCGGGGCCAUGGAGGACGUGAAGCUGGAGUUCCCCGCGCUGCCGCCGUGCAGAGAAGACGCCGAGGAGUGGACCUACCCUAUGAGACGAGAGAUGCAGGAAAUUUUACCUGGAUUGUUUUUAGGCCCAUAUUCUUCUGCUAUGAAAAGCAAGCUACCUAUACUACAGAAACAUGGAAUAACCCAUAUAAUAUGCAUAAGACAAAAUAUUGAAGCAAACUUUAUUAAACCAAACUUUCAACAGUUAUUUAGAUAUUUGGUGUUGGAUAUUGCAGAUAAUCCAGUUGAAAAUAUAAUACGUUUUUUCCCUAUGACUAAAGAAUUUAUUGAUGGGAGCUUACAAACUGGAGGAAAAGUUCUUGUCCAUGGAAAUGCAGGAAUCUCUAGGAGUGCUGCCUUUGUUAUUGCAUACAUUAUGGAAACAUUUGGAGUGAAGUACAGAGAUGCAUUUGCUUAUGUUCAAGAAAGAAGAUUUUGUAUUAAUCCUAAUGCUGGAUUUGUCCAUCAACUUCAGGAAUAUGAAGCCAUCUAUCUAGCAAAAUUAACAAUACAGAUGAUGUCACCACUCCAGAUAGAAAGGUCAUUAUCUGUUCAUUCUGGUACCACAGGCAGCUUGAAGAGAGCACAUGAAGAAGAAGAAGAUUUUGGAAACAUGCAAGCGGCAGCUGCACAGAAUGGCUGACUAGAAAGCAGCAUUAUAGAGGAUGUGAAUUUCUAUUUGGGAAGGAGAAAAUACUAGAGACAAUGAUAAUUUUAAAUGGUAAAAACACAAUUAUUUUCUUUUCAAU